AUGGAUGUUUUCUGGACGCUCCCGCCGGUCUCUAGAACCAUAACAACUCUAGCUGUCGCCUUGUCGGCUGCGGGCUAUGGAGGCAUCACCAGCCUCUACCACUACAUCUUUGCGAGCGACUAUGUUUUCACCACGAGGAUGUUCCCCCAGCUCUGGCGCAUCUUCACUGCGUUUCUAAUUACGAAACCAAAGUUCGCUAUCCUGCUUGAUCCAUACUUGCUCUACCAGUACGGCAGCUCCAUCGAGCGCGAGUCGAGCCGCUUCUCGCAGCCUGGCGACUUCUUCGUGUACACCCUGUUCGUUGGCAGCGUAAUAGCUGCAACAGCUGGAGGCAUUCUAAACGCAUACACGUUCCUCCCCGCCCUCUCCCUCGCAUACGCGUACACGUUCGCCCAGGACAACCCCACACGCUCUGUAUCCUUCUUCAUCGUCACAUUUGAGUCCAAAUACCUGCCCUUCGCCAUGCUCUUCAUGACGUUUGUUAUCGAUGGUCCGGAGGCAGCUGCUACACAACUUACCGGUCUUGUCGCCGCGCAUUUGUACGACUUCUUGACCAGGAUCUGGCCUACCUUUGGCGGCGGAACAAACUACAUUCGUACACCAGACAUGGUCAAGCGUUGGUUUGCUGCCAGGCCAGGAAGCGUACAGAGUAGAGGGUUCGGCCACGUUGUUGAGGGGCGUGGAAGAGCGGCUGGUGCGCCUGGAAGUAACAUGCCGAGUACGGGCAGGACCACGGGCGCAAGCACGACUUGGGGUGGAAUGGGACCUGGUCGUCGGCUUGGAGAUUAGACGCUACCUGGCUGAAAAUGUUGGGUCGAUGUCUUAGUCAUAAUGAGUUAGAAUCUGGAACGGACAAGUGAGAUUCUUUGCGUAAUAUCAAAUGAUACAUGUGAAUAGGA